AAGCAAUCUCAAGCUGCUGGCGGUGCACGAUGUUCAUCGCCUCAUCGGUAUUGUACAGAUGCCGCCGUACGCCCAAGGGCAGGAGCCGGUGUAAGCACCCUUGGGGUCUUUGAACUCCUUCAUGGCGGCGCCAAUGAUGGUCUUUGGGAGCGGGUUGUUAGUACAAUAAACGACAACACUUCAUCAGAUUCGGAUGGAAAGGAUGCUCACCUCGAAGUACUCGUCCUUGUUGCUAGUCCCAGCAGAGCUCAGCCUCCGCAAAGUCUUUGGCGGCUUCGAGAUUCUCCCGGCUCGAAUUCAUCAUUUCGUAUAUCCCCCAGUUCUGCACCCAGCAGUGCGUGGUGCCGUAGUCGAUCGAGCUGUAGUUGUGGGCUUUCUGGUAGUACCAUUUGCCCUGCUUGCUUUCGAACCCGACGUUCACCAGCUGUUUGGGGGCCGCGGCUUUGA